GUUUGAAUGAAUGAAUGGUUUGAUUGAUAUCUUUGACACAAUUGACUGAAGACUUGCGAAGACAUAAUCAGCCCAUGAGUUGGUUCUAUGGAUGCUAUGGACCCAAGUGUUGGAUGUAUUGGUCUUUACUGCGGAAGAACUAAAUUAGAUGAAUAUAAUUACAGCGAUUGUGGUUCGUGUUUGCGAGGCUUCCGAGUGGAUGGGAAUGGCGUUUGCGUGGAGUGUGUGGAAAGACCAGAGUUUUACGACUGGCUGUACAUCACUUUCAUGGCUUUCAUUUUAGUGAUCAUUGAGUGGUAUUUGACGGAAGAAUGUGUCAAAAGACGUCAACUCACUGUCGAUGUCCUGGUCUUGCAUUCAGUGGUUUUGGUUGAGAACACACUCUCUCUUGUGAUCAGUCUUUUAGUGACCGAACCCUUCGGUUCCCUUCAGCUCAACACAUGUCCACCAAAACGAUUGUCUGAUUUCUACACAUUUUUCUUCAACCCAUCGCCCGAUUACAAGACAACCAUAUAUUGCACUCAAGAGGCGGUCUUUCCCUUGUAUUCAAUGAUUUUCAUAUUUUAUGCCAUUUCUCUGCUUCUCCUUCUAUGUCGACCCCUUUACUUAAGACUCAUGUCAUUAGUAUUGAGACUCUUGUCCAGCAAUGACUUCCUCCAUGACUUACUCAACGACUCGAAUAUCACGAAAACUAUUUAUUUGACACUUUAUGUCAUUCCCGGCCUUUCCUUCAUUCACGCCCUCUUCUGUGGACUCAUUUACUAUUCGUUCCCUUAUAUCAUAAUCAUUGGUUCCAUAAUAUCAGUGGCCAUACACAUGGCCUCCCAAUUGGAUCAAAGACCAUCAAAAUUAUUGAAGUCGUUGUUCCAGAAGAAGAAUUGUCUGAUAAUAGUGUGUCAUUGGUUUGUCCACAUGUAUGGCAUCAUAUCUCUUACUCAACUCAAGAACCCAACCCUCCAUUUGCCUCUACUAUGUUUAGCACCCAUUCCCACAUUUUUCUAUAUACUUACGGCUAAGUUUACGGAUCCAAACAAAUUGCACGUCGAAUAAACUGAAUUCAAUUAUCCUGAUAAUUAUUUUAUUUUAUUUUUUUUUGUAAAAUUAUAUCAUUUUUUGGCACA